GCGUGCAAAGAAAGAAAAAUUUUUUCUUUUUCAUAUUUCCAUUCUUAGAUAUUAAUUAAGGCAAAUAAUGGCUUCAAUAUUAAGAAGUGGGAAAUUGUUGAGACAUUUUGCUGGAGUUACAAGAAAUUUGAUAGUAAAUACUGUACGUGAUACAGAAAGCAGUACAUUUUUGCAAAAACUACCAUGCAUGUUGCAAUACCAGCAGGGCUUUGCUAACGGUGUUAGCGAUAAUGUCAAAACAGACUUAACUUUAGACGAUCAAUUACGUCGUUUAGAUAAGGACUUAAGACGUAUGGGUCGAAUAUCCCGACAGGAUUUAGAAGAUGUUCUUGAAGAGAUACGUGCCCAUCGCUCAGCAACAAGUUCUCAAUCUUUGAUGGUCAUUAGAUGUUGUGGCAAUUUGGUGCCCGAAGAAAUGCCUGAAGUACGUACGGCUUUAGUGCAGGAAAUAUGGAAAACAUUCAAUUCGAUUAAUGUACCAAUGGAUAUAUCACAUUAUAACGCUUUAUUGCGUGUGUACCUGGAGAAUGAACAUCAAUUUUCGCCUACCGACUUUUUAGCAGAACUUGAAUCGAAAUCACUUGAACCAAAUCGGGUUACGUAUCAACGUUUAGUUGCACGUUAUUGUCAGCAAGGGGAUAUUGAUGGCGCUACUAGGAUACUGGAAUUUAUGAGAGCCAAGAAUUUGCCUGUAAACGAAGCAGUGUUCAAUUCUUUAAUAUUGGGCCAUUCUCAAGCCAAUGACAUGGAAUCCGCUAAAGGUAUUUUAGGUGUUAUGAAACAAGCUGGUUUGGAGCUUGGCGCCGAAACUUAUUCUACGUUGAUGUGUUGUUAUGCUAAACACGGUGAUCUUGAGUCUAUACAGUCCUGUUUAGCUGAAUGUGAGAAGAAGGAAAUUUUAUUAAUUGAUAAAGAUAUGCUGGACAUUAUUUAUCAUUUAACGGUGAAUGGCCACGGUGACAAAAUUGAUAUUUUACUGUCAAAAUUUCAUCGUUCAAUGGGCUUCAAUCAAGAAUGUGUAAACGUCAUAUUACGUUUAGUUAACAAAGGUUAUGAGGAUGUGUGUUUAAAGCUAUUGAAAAUCAUGCCACGUGGCAAUAGGCCAAAUGGACAACCAGUGGAUGUUGGGUCCUUUUUUAUACGUCAAAUGGUAAAAGCAAACCGGCCGAUUGAGAAAGUUUUAAAUGUUUGUAAUCUUCUAAAGGAAGAAGAUUUAAAUACCAAGGGCUUACUAAUUGCAGCUGAGGCCGGCUUAAUGAAUGGUGCGGCAAACAAUGCUUUACUUUUAUUACAAGAAAUGAAAAAAUCUGGUUUCCCAAUACGGCAGCAUUACUUUUGGCCUUUAAUAUGUUCGUCAAAGCCAAAUGAAAUGGUGAAUAUAUUACAUAAGAUGCAAACCGAGUUUAAUCUGACGCUAAAUGGUGAAACGCUUAGAGAUUAUGUUAUACCAACACUUAAGGAAGAGAAUUGGGACAAAGUUAUGUCUUUUUUGCGCGAAGCUGACAUACCAACGGGUACCGCAGCCGCAGCGGCCAGCUUUGUUGCCCUCACUAACUUUCAGAUUGAAAAGGCUGCCAACAUAAUGCAAUCUCAUCAAUCCAUGUACAACGGUCAAUUAUUCAGGGGUCCUUUGUUGAAGGCAUUUGCAAAAACUGAGAACUACGAUGCUUUUGUUCGUUGCCUUAGGCAAUUGUAUGAAAGUGAACAAAGACGAGCAAAUUCUACCAGCGCAUCUUCGCCGUCGAAUAAAGAAGCAAUUGCAGUUACAGAGAAAGCGGAGGAUUUGAAAGAAUCUGAACAAAAUUUAGCUGGAGAAUCGGGAGAAUCUGAGCUCAGUGGAGAAACGUUUUACACUUCGGAGGUCGUCGGUGACCUUAUUCUAGAUGUUGUUUCUUAUUAUCGUUCGAAAAGCGUUGGAAUUUUGGAAAACUUAUUACCUAAAUUGGUGGAAGAAGGUUUUACUAUUAGCAAUGGCUAUGCAGCCCGUUUAUCGGAAAAACUCGGAUCUAAUAUGAACCCUAGUAUCUCCCAGUUGUUAGCAAAACUCAGCUCCGGAGAAUUGGAAAUGAAGCCUUUAAGUAAUACCCAAAAAAAGCGAUCUGUGGAUACUCUAUCGGUUGAAGAACUUGAACGUUUCAUAGCUAACGUAGAGGCCAAGGGAGAAAAUUCGCAAAAUUUAAAACGUCUUCUGCUAAAUGCUUGUUUUCGUUCUAAAAAUAUAGAAAAAACUUUAGAAGUUAUAAAAAGCCUUGAGAAUGAAAACUUCCAGAUUGGUUCUGGUAUUUAUGCUCAACUAAUUGACUUAUAUGUGUAUCACGACCGCGUCGAAGAUGCCUUAGAUGUUUAUCAAAAAGUUAAAGCUAAAGAACCCAAUUUCCUGCUAGAUAAUCUUAAGACUGUGAGUGUAGCUGAAUUGUUAUUAAAACAGGAUCGUUUUGAAGAUGCGUUAAAUUUCCUGGAAAAAAAUAAGAAGGAAAUGUUAAAUGACGUGGACACAAAUUAUAAUUAUUCGUCUAGACUUUGGCGAAUUUUAAAUGCUUUGGCUGAUUCUGCUAAUGUUGAAAGAUUGCAAAAAGUUUUUGAUACUUUGCUUGGAGGCAACUACAUAAUACCCAACAACGUUCUAUUAGGUCCUUUGAUCAAGGUUCAUUUAGUUAGAGACGAUAUACCGAAAGCUAUGCAAGCUUUCGAAAAAAUCUGUGACGAGUACAAAGCGACGCCAUGGAAAAAUGAACUAGCUCGCCGCCUGAUACAAACAGAAGAUGCUACUAAUUUACAAAAACUCACUGAUCUAAGCACUAACAUACAUGGGGAAAUCAAUAGUUUAUACGAUUUGGUCUUUUCGUUUGUGGAGUGCGGACGAAUCAGGCAGGCGAGGAAAAUUUUGGAGACACCUGGAUUACGAGUACGACCUCAUCGCAUUGACACUGCUUGCGAACGCUAUAAAAAUGAAGGCAUGGUCGAAUCAUUAGAGGGCCUGGUAGAAGCUACUAAAGAUCUUAACCACAUCGACCGCGACAAAAUUUACUACACUCUGCUUUUAAGCUAUUGCAAAAUAGACGACGUGAACAAAGCUUUGGGCUUAUGGACUAAAAUGCAAGAGGAAGAUGUUACACCUAGCGACGCAUUCCUUUUAAAAUUAGCCAAAUUGUUAGAGUCGAAAAACAUGAAAAUACCAUUUUCAGUACCAACAGUUAAGGAAGAGCAAAACGUAGGAAUUAAAUCGAAAGUGAAAGCUGAAGAAGAAUUACGUAAAAAAUCGCAAAAUGUGCGUUCCGCCAAUGUUUCAAAACAUUCAAUGUUUCGAAAAGCGUUGAAUGGAGACGACGUAGAAGCAAUGAUCGCGGCAAAAUAUCAAUUAAAUUCUUCUGAACCAUUGUCAAUCUCCGAUCUGUCGCGUUUUAUUGAACAGCUAGUAAAAGCCAAUCGUCUCACUGAAGCAACAAAAUGUGUUAAUGAAAUGCUGGAUAAUAAAUGCCUUCCUCUUCCCCGCGUUUUUAAGUUUUACUUAAAUCGGCUUGCAAGCAAUGGAGACUUAGAAACCAUGAAGAAGUUAGGCAAUCAAUUAAGCGAAGAUCAGAAACGCAAAAUAUCUUUCGAUAAUCGUUACUGUAACGCCAACACAGCAGCCGGAAAGGCAGAGGAGUAUUUAAAAAUACUUUCCGAUCAAUUGGCGAACGCUAAAACCCCUGAAGAAAUAGCUAAAUCCGCCGAGAAAUUUCCACGCGGAGGAAUGCUGGGAAUGCUGGAAAAACAUCCGGAGCUAUUACCUCAAUUCGAAAAGUUGGCCGAAAGCUAUGCUGCACAUAAACACUUGGGGCCCGUUAACAUGCUUUGGAUACAUUUUCUGUCGAAGGGCGAUAUAGAUCGUGCAAAAAAUAUUUGGUCAACAUAUCUAUCUAAUGCGCCACGCUUAAUGUUUCAACGAGUCUUGCAAACGGCACGCGAACAAAAUGAUGAAAAGUUAGCUCAAACGGUCGUUGAUCAAUUGCGUGGCUCAAAAAUAUCGGAAGGAGCUAUCGGCAAUGCCUAUUCAUGUCUGAUCGAUAUACAAUGUAGCAAAGGUUGCAACGACAAGGCAUUGGAAAUCGUUAAAACUGCAAUCAAGGAUAUUUGCUUGGAGAAUAUUAAUCGUACUGCUCUGCAAAAUCUGAAGGUGGCUUUAGAAGCGGAAGGUAAAAAAUUCCCUUACACAAUACCAGAGAAGAAAAGCAAAGCCAUGUCAUCUAGCUCGAGUCAUAGUAGCGAUGACGAUGUCAGCCCCACACGACCUGAAACACGACCCUCAAAACCACAAAAUGAGAAGAGCAAAGAUUCAUAAGCUAGUUCAGCAAUAUAAACAUGAUUUCGUUAUUAAUUUAUUUAUAUUUUUAUGCCAUCAUUUCUUUUAUUAUCGAUAAUGUGA